AUGGCAUUAUAUUAUGACGAAAUUCUUGCUGGAAAUUGUUUUGGUCAAAUAAAUGUCGCACCACCUCCUCCGAAAUUCAAUCGUACUAAUGAAAUAGAUAAAAAACAAUUAUUAAGUCUUUCAAAUCAAUUUGAAUCUACUAUUGAAGAAUUAUUUUAUCUAGCUCGAAAAUUUCUAAAAGAAAAUAAAGAGAUUCAAUUAAAAUAUAAUGAUAAUAUUCGUUUAAUUACUUUGUCAAAACAAGCAAAAUUUGGUAAAUGGAAUGCAUCAUAUACACAAGAUGUUGGAUUUCUUGAUGUUGUUGGUAAUGAUCGAAAACAAGCAUGGAUUGCAUUAGGAGAUAUGUCCAAAGAACACGCUAUGGAAGAAUAUGUUAAAUUAUUAUUAGAUCGUUGUUCUAUAUUUCGAACUUAUUUAGAAACACAACAUGUGCACAAUGAAGACAAAGAUCAGUUAAGAAAUGACUAUGAAACUUAUCGUAGAUUAGAACAAGAAGCUGAACGAGCAAGAAAAUACGAACUAGAACAAGUAUUACGUUUAGAAAAACAGAAGAAAAAACGAGAAGUUCUUCAAAGAAAACAAAUUCAAGAAGCACUUAAUCAACAAACAUAUUCACAAUUUAAAGCUUACGCUGAACAGCAAUAUCGAGAUAACCGAUCAGCACAAGAAGAAUUAAUUCGUCAAUUACAAGAACAACAUUUUCAAAAGUAUAUGCAACAAGUUUAUCAACAACAACUACUUGAUCAACAACUUCGAACAAAAGCCAAUAUGGAACAACAAUCAGAGAAUGUUAUAACAUCGUCAGUACCAACAGACAUAUUACUAUCACCUUCAAUACCAGCAAAUCCUGUAGUCUCACCUAACAAUAUAGUAACAACAUUGUCGCCUACGACUGAAAUUCCACCAUCAGUACCAACAAAUGUAGAUCAUUCACCGAUAACAUUUAAUCCCAACAUGAAUUUACAAUCUAUUUCUCAAAUACCACCUCUUGGUCCUGCACCAACUCAACUUCCACCAUUGGUUCAUCCUCCACCUCAACCGGUAAUAAAUACUAAUAUAACAGCACAAGAUAUAAAAUCAGAAUCAGUCAUUCCUAUUCAAACACAAUUUGAAACACUUAAUCUUGAUAUACCAUUGGAAUCAAUUCCUUCUGUUAUUCCACAACCAUCUUUUAACAGUGAUUUAGCACAACAAUCAUUAUCAUCAGUAGAAAUUAGUAAUGAAUUAAAUAAUUCACAAGAAUUAAUGAAUGAACAUGUGAUUACAUCAUCAUCAAUUGAUUCUAAUGCGACAGUAAAUUCAAAUAAUGAAUCAUCACUUGUUUCUGAACAAGAUAAACCAGAACUACCAAAUAUAGCACCAGCGAAUAUGUGGACACGUAAAGAUAUUAAAGAAUUUAAAGAUCAAAUACGUAAAGAAAAAGAUGCUGUUAUUAAAAUUGGUAGUGGUGAAACAGUUACGGUCCGAGUUCCAACACACGAAGAUGGUCAGUGUAUAUUUUGGGAAUUCGCUACUGAUUAUUAUGAUCUUGGUUUUGGUGUUUAUUUUGAAUGGACUAAAGCAGAAUCAAAUACUGUUACAGUUCAUGUAAGUGAUUCAAGUGAUGAAGAAGAAGAAAACGAAGAUGCCGAAAAGAAAGAUAUUGAAAAAGGUAGUGGUAGUACCAAUAAACCACCCAAACCACGACAAAAUGAAAUCGUUCCAAUCUAUCGACGUGAUUGUCAUGAAGAAGUCUAUGCUGGUAGUCAUCCGUAUCCUGGACAUGGUGUUUAUUUACUUAAAUUUGACAAUAGUUAUUCAUUAUGGCGUUCAAAAACACUUUAUUAUCGUGUGUACUAUUCAAAAUAA